AUGAGCCAAAAUCAGCAGCCAAAUCUUGGCAAGCUGUGGAUCUUUGAUCCAACAAAGAACCGUUGGAGUUCUUAUGAGAGCAUGAUGCGAAGAAUCAUCAUAGCUCGAGGAAUCACCGAGGCAGAUGACAAGAAAGUAUUCUUGUUCAAUCACAUUGGUGCAGCUGCUUAUGAAGCGCUGGAAGUUGCCAUGAAUGGUGACAAUAUGGACUCAAAGUCCUUUGAUGAACUUUGCACCGUUUUGACGGGCUUGUUCGAACCAAAAGGUCUAAUCGCUGCCACAAGGCACAAGAUUUUUACUGCAAAACAGCAGUCAGACCAAAGUUCAAGACAGUUCAUCCAGCAGGUGAAAGCUUGGUCAAUGAAGGCCAGUUUCGAAAGUGUUCAGAACACUCGAGAUUUCGUACAGGUUCAAGCUAUAAUUGCUGGACUGUCGAAUCAAAAAAUAAAGGAGAAACUCCUUGAAACAACCGAUUUGACUAUGAGCAAAUUGGAAGAGAUUGUGGAGUUGCUGGAAGGCACACAAUCAGCCGCAAGUCAAAUGGCAGCAGCCAGUGGACCAGGCACUAUUGCGAUGCUGGAUAGGCGUCGUGGAAGGGACCAAAUGGACGGGAAGUCCAAAGGUCGUCAAUACAAAUGUUGCUUCUCUUGCGGGAGUGAUGCACAUUUGAAGGCCGAUUGUCCAGAGAGACAACGGAAACCUAGAAGGAUUUCUAGGGGGACCCAUCAUGGACUUGAUGCGGUUGACUCAGAAUUGGAAUAUGAUUCUGAAUAUUCGUCCGGAUGUGACGGGAUGCACGCCAUUAGGCAGUGUGAAAGCGGACGGGAAGAGAUCCCUCCGGUCAAGCUAUGUGUCGGGUUAAAUGACAUGGAAAUAGCUUUGGAGCUCGAUACAGGAGCUGCCAGGACGGUAAUACCAGAAAGGGUAUGGAGACAGAUUGGUCGUCCGGAAAUUACCAGGUAUACCGGGAUACUUCAGGAAUAUGGCGGAAGUCCAUUAGAAGUUAUUGGUGCUGUGCGGGUAAAUGCCAGCUUCCGGGGUCAUCAGAAGAUGACUGAAAUCAUUGUCGUGAGACGUCACGAUUGCCAACCGACGUUGGGACGGGAUCUUAUGAAAGAUCUCAAGUUGGACAUGGGAAAUUAUGUCAACUUGUCACUGGUAGGCUCCCAAGUGGAGGAGACAGGUACCAGGGGAACUCGGGAAAAUGAGUUCAAAAGCUUUCAAAAAGCUAGUGAUGAAACUCGGGAAGUCCAUUGGAUUAGAGUUGUCACGAAAAGCAUGGAUCAGAAGCCUGCAAAAGCCAAUAUUGGCGUCUCAACCAGAAACACGGAAGGUGUUUGUGAGACCUACUCGGGAGAUUUCAAAUCUCAGUAUUUUCCCCAGGUUGUUGAAAAUAGGGGAGGGAGUAGAGGCCAAGGAAAGUGGCGAGGUAACCAUGCCAAAUCCACGGUAAUGUGGUCGGAUUCAGAGAGUCUAGCAAGCUCUAAGGAAUCGCGGAAAAAACCUAAGGUCUGGAUAGACAAGGUAAAAGAUGAGCUAGCAGCUCAAAUCAGAAGCUUUGCUUCUCAGGGUAAGCCAAUUGUGUCCUUUGGACCUAGGCACCAUUCGGAAAGGUAUAAGCCUUUGGCAAGAAGAUACCAGAAUGGAACCCGAUGCGUCAGUGGAAGGAAUGUGCCGUUGGAAGUUCAGAUCCUCGAUGGAAUCCAGGUCCAGUCCAGAAUCUCAAGCCAUCCAGAACCCAGGGAAGCACGCAUGCUCGUUCGAUGGAUGUGGAAGUGCCAAGCCGUGCCCGACUUGAUCACUUGGAGGAGAUGUGAGGCGGAACGACCGAGCUUCGAGGAUUUUCCCACGAGGAACGAUCUACAUUUAUUCAAAUUUGAUUGUACUUUCCUACGUGGGGCUUCCCUAUAA